GUCACUUGACACAUCAAUAUUUCCCGGUUAAUACUUAACUAUGAUGACUUAAAUGUUAAUAAUUUUCGAAACGGAAAGAGACUUUGAAAGUGUGCAGAGACCUUGUCCUCCUCGCUGUCCGCAUCUGUUUCUCAAACAAAGCAGUUUGUUAUUUCACAUUAACUAUUUAACUAACCUUACAUAUUUAACUAGCCUAACUAUUUAACUAAUCUUAACUAUUUAAAGAUGCCUUCAAAAACACCAAAACAAAACAUCUAGAUUUAUUUAUUUUUAAAAUACGCCUACAGGUCGGUUAGCCUACUCGAUAUCCAUUUUUACCAGGCUACCUACUAAACUACACUCUUAUAUGGUUUUGUGAGUAUAUAUGAAUAUUAUGUAUAUUGCAUUAUGCCGAGACUGGAGUAAAGUAACUGGGAGACGUUGCGCAGCAGAGAGGAAUGCAUUGUCUCUUCUACUAGUUAGCCAGGUCCUCAGCUCAGCCAUAAACGGUUUUGGUUUCUAUGGUUACUGGGCAGCAUGAACCCCGCCCUCCCGGGUCUGAAACCGGUCCAAUUGUCCUCAGUAGACAGUAGUAGGACAUAGUAUCCAUGGCUGCUGUGCCUGGAGAUGUUUAUAUUUCUACAGCAUGGCGGAGGAGAGCUAUACAGGAUCAGGGGAUGCAGAUGAUACAGAUGAGCUUCUCUUUACUGAUGGGGAGGACAACAGAAGCAUGUUGGACCUGAAUCCUCUUCCGCUGAGACUUGACCCCUGUGACCUGCUGAUGGACUCGAUAGAUGUUCAACUGAGUCGACUUCAGGUGCAGAAUCAGAAAAAACAGGAGAGUUCAGGAGGUCUCAGUGGCUGUGAUGAAGCUCCUUUCAGCCGGCGGCGCUCAGGGAGCAGAGACACCGGCCUUGGAACACCAACCACCAGCCCCCCGAUAUCCUGUCUGCAGCCUGGGCCCCGCGAGGCCAAGGGACCGGCCCCAGGAAAGACGAGGCCGGACGUCUCUCAGGGAGCCCCCCCAUGCCCCCUCCAGAGGGGAGCGCAGCCUGGACGGGCCUGUAGGAGCAGGGAGCAGGAGGAGGAGGAGGAAGGGGCGGAGUCCCGCAGAGAGCAGUGCCUUUGGAGGCUGGGCCGCCUGCUAGGGGACCCCUUUGUUGCUGCAGGAGUAGGAAGGACUCCUGCUCCUCCUCCUCUACAGCCGGACAGCCUCUGCACCGAGGACCUCCUCCGUUGCUCCCCAGAGGAGAGGGUGGGCCUCCAGGGGAAGGAGGAGGAGGGGGACGGAGAGAGUGUGGAGGGGGAGGAGGGCUGGUGGGCAGGAGGCCCCUCCCAGGGGGUCCGGGAGCAGGGAGACGUGGUGGACGUGACCAGGGGCGGACCAACAGGGUUCCCCCUGGGGGGCGGUAGGGGUGCACGUGUUCUUCGUCAUCCUCCUCUUCCUCAGCCACAGCCACCCCAGACCCACGGCCGGGACAACAUGUCGAGUUCUGAGGAACGCCACUCUUGUGAUGGUCAUCGGACGGAAGAAAGACAAGGAAGCGGGGAAAUUAAAGCCGGACAGAGACAGCGAGGUUCCCAGAAGACCUGCGAUUACAUCAGCAGCCGGUCCGGACUGUCGACUCCAGACACCCAGGCCCCGGUCCCACCAUGCAGCCACAAGGCCGCCCACCCUGAGAGCAGAGGACGGUGGAACAAGGGGCCUUGUCCUGAGCCCAGAGGUCUGGCAGGUGGAGCGAUGUGGGGGUCUGACUCCGUCUGCCCUCCGCCGUUCCCUCAGACCCUCUGCAGCAGGACAGGAUGGCCGUCGUUCAUGCCGUCCAUUCAGAACACGGAGGGCUACUGCAGCGACCGAAGUGAUGACCACACACCCACACCAGCUCCCGGAAAAGGAGGUGACGGAGGUUCAGCUUUCCGCCGUGCAAGGCAGACUAGGAGAGCCACCCCCAGGUACGGGCAGUCUACAGGUGGGGAUGAGGGUGAUGAGGACACAGACGAAGGGCACUGCAGCCGCAGGAGUAAGAACCAGCUUAAGAUGACCCUAGAAGUCCAGUUGGAGCAGAUGAAAUGCGAUGGGUCCUGGAUGGAGGAUGUUCUCAGGACUCUCCGCCAUAAGUGUGAAACAGAGGAGGGGAAACUGGAGCUGAGAAGAGAAGCGCUGCGUGAGUCAGAGUCUUCCAUCUCUGACGCUCAGCAGAAAACAAAGCAUGCUUUGCAGGAGCUGGCCCAGAUUUGUACCGAGACAGCACAGAUGGAGUUGGAGGGACAGAAACUGGACAGCCGUCUGAGGGAAAGAAAGCACAGUCUUCAGCUGUGUGGCCUGAGGAGCGAGUCCUGUCUCCAGCCAAUCGGGGACAUGGAGGAGGAGCCUGGAAAUCUGCGCAGAAUGACCCAAGAUGGCUGCCACGCAGAGACGAAAGCGCCAGGUUUGGUGGUGUCCAUCUUGGAGAGGCUGGAGGUGGAGCGCCAGCUGGACUCCACCAAAGCCCAACUGUUUGCAGAGAAGCAACGCUCUCGGGACAAGCUGGACUCCAUGCAGGAGCGGUUGGAUGAGGCUGAGGAAGAGCUCCAGAGGGCCAGAGAGGAGCAGGGCCUGCUGAGGUCCAGGAUUGAGGCUCUAGAGGAGGAACAGAGGCAGAAACAGGAGCUUGUGGUGGCUCUGCAGCGGGGGUCCGGGGGGCUGCGGGGCCAGCUGGUUGAGUGUAAGGAGAGGCUGGGCUCCCUGGAGAAGAUUGUAGCCCAAAAGGACCUUCAGAUAAUUUGCGCCCAGGAAGUGCAGGAGGCUCUGCGUGCUGCCAGAAACAGCCUACAGGGGGAGCUCCAAACAAUGACACUCCAGCACUGCAAGGUAGGCAAGAUGGUGGCAGAAGAGAAAGACCUCGCUUUGAGGGAACAGGCUGAGGUGUUCACACGGCAGCUGGAGUCUGCUCAAACCUCCCUGAAGCUGAGAGAGGGCGUGGCCAGGGGGCUGAGGGGGGCUUUGCACCAGCAGGAAGAGACUGGGAAGAAACGGGAAGAGCAGAUGCAUGCUGAAGCCAAAGAGAAGGCUAGUAUAUUCAUUUACAAUCCAUCCAUGCAUCUUUCCGUUCAUCUUUUCCUCUCAUGGUACAACAGACUCUCUUCCUGA